AAAAUUAGACGCGCUUAACUGUUCAAAAUUAUUUCAUAAAAAAUGUGGUUAUUUUUAUUGUUAAUUACACUUAUAAGUGUUUUAUAUUUCUGGAUAAGAUAUCAUUUUUCUUUGUGGCAACGUUUGGGCAUUGAAUAUGAUGAACCCAUAAUACCAUAUGGUUCCCUACUCAAAGUGAAGCGUAAAGAACGAUCAUUUGGUUUGGUAUUGGCUGAUAUAUAUGAAAAAUAUACUAAGAAAUUUGUGGGCAUUUAUAUGUUUAUAAAACCAGCCAUUCUACUGAGAGAUGCUGCUUUGGUGCGUCAAAUAAUGACAACAGAUUUUGCCAGUUUCCAUGAUCGGGGUGUUUAUGUCGACGAGAAAAAUGAUCCAAUGUCAGCGAAUUUAUUCACACUUCAAGGACAAACCUGGCGUUCUUUGAGAGCCAAAUUAACGCCUUCAUUUACUUCGGGAAAAUUGAAGGGUAUGUUUGAUACGGUCGAUGAUGUGGCUGAUAAAUUAGUGCAGCAUUUGAAGGGUCAGUUGGUUGAUGGCAAAGCACAUACAUUGGAAAUGAAAAGUUUGAAUACUACAUACGCCAUUGAUAUUAUUGGUUCCGUUAUAUUUGGUCUAGACAUAGACAGUUUUACAAAUCCUAAAAAUGAGUUUAGACAAAUUAGUGAUAGACUUUUUGCUUCAUCGGGAGUGUUAUUAAAUAUACGUAACAUAAUGAGUUUCGUCUGUCCACCAAUAUCUCGUUUUUUAUCUGCCCUUGGUGUCAAAGAUGAUGUAAUAUAUAAUUUAAGAGAUAUUGUUAAGAGAACCAUAGAGUUUCGUGAGAAACAUGGAGUGGUAAGAAAAGAUCUUCUACAACUAUUGAUACAACUUCGUAAUACGGGAAAAAUAAGUGAUGACAAUGAAGGUUUAUGGCAAGUUGAAACGGCAGCAGAGAAUUUAAAAUCCAUGUCGUUUGAAAUGAUUACUGCACAAUUGUUUCUGUUCUAUAUUGCGGGUUCCGAGACCACGGCAGCAACAACAUCGUUUACUAUUUAUGAAUUUGCCAUGAAUCCAGAGAUAUUAAAAAAAGCUCAAACCGAAAUAGAUGAAUGUUAUAAAAAGCAUGGCCUAAAGCCGGAGGAUAAGCUAACAUAUGAUGCUAUACAAGAUAUGAAAUAUUUACAUUUAUGUGUGAUGGAAACUACUCGUAAAUAUCCUGGUCUGCCAUUUUUAAAUCGAGAAUGUACUCAGGAUUUUACAGUGCCCGGCACAGAUUUCACCAUUAAAAAGGGUACCGGCAUUAUUAUUUCACUUUUGGGUAUACAUCGCGAUGCUGAAUACUUUCCCAAUCCUAUUGACUAUAAGCCAGAACGCUUUUCUGAGGAUGUAAUGGAUUACAAUCCUGUGGCUUUUAUGCCAUUUGGGGAGGGUCCACGUCAUUGUAUAGCUCAGCGAAUGGGAAUUAUAAAUGUGAAGGUGGCUUUAGCUAAAAUAUUAGCUAAUUUCAAUAUCGAACCUAUGAAACGUAAAGAAGUGGAAUAUAAAUUUCAUACAACACCAGUAUUAAUACCAGUCGAUGGUUUGAAAGUGGCUUUAUCAAAGAGGUGGUAAUAGGCGUUUUUACAGUUGUAGAUAUAAAGGCAGAGGAAUCACAAUAAAUUUAAUAUAUUUAUACUUUAAAAAAUCUUAAUAUUUAAUUUAAUUAUUUUAUAUUUUAUAAUAAUAUAAUAAUAUUUGGAUUAACAAUAACAAUAUCUAAGUUCUUCUUGUUAAUAUAUUGUCUGAUAUAAUUGUUCACGAACCAUUUAAAUUUUUUAAUUUGUAGCGAAUGAAUAUUUCGUUUUAAUUCCAAUAUUUUACGAUUAAAUUUUUUGCAGUAAAAUUUUCCAAUAAAUUUAAAA